UUACAUCCUGGCCUUAUAAACUACCUUCCUGUACUGUAAAAGACAACAUAGCUGAACUAAUUGAGUUGCUGGGAAAGUGACGCUACUACCGAAUACACAAAGUUUACGCUAACAGGAACAGCUAUUUUAAAGUGUUGCUGUGGAGAUGGAUGCUUUAAAUGGGACUGAGAGACAAGUUUCCACUAACUCAAUGACAGCACUGACUGUCCAGGAGGGCAGUCCUAUCAUCACCACGGUAAUCCCGAUUCGUGAAGAAUUUCGCUGUCGAAGAGCUUGGUUCUUUUACCACGACAUUCGGGCUUUAGUGACCUCGUGGAUGCCCCUCCCUGUGUUCUUAGCCUGGAAACUCUUGAUGACUGGAUACAUCUUUGUCUGGCUAAUAUUGCACAUAGUCGCAAGAAAGGAGUUUGAAGUCCGCUGGCUCAUCUAUAUGACUAACCUAGCCUAUCUCCUACUAACAAUUGGAACAACAGCCAUUACCUUACUCACUAUCUGGUAUACACUCAUCCACUAUGAAUUUCCUGACAAGCUCAAAUCGUAUAUGCCACGUCUGAAAGGCACCACUCAAGAAAUUUACAGUCAAGACAACCUUCCAUGGUUUGCAAAGAUCUGUUGGGCCCUCUAUCUUAUCAGUACAUCACUGGUGCCUCUGAUCGUUGCUGGAUACUGGAUCCUCAUCUAUAAACCUUGCCCUUCUUUGACUGGAAAUAACAGUGCCAAUUUGACGGUGAAUAAUCCGACUAUGAUUGUCAACACGAGUAACGAGACGUCUGCGACACCCUCCACGGGCGGUCUUGGAAAUAUCGGAGGCUGUUCCGAACCCGACGUGUACACAAUUCAUGUACACGGCAUCAAUCUCGUAAUCUUCGCCCUCGACAUUAUUUUCAGUCGCGUUCCGUUCCAGUUUAUGCAUUUCUUCUAUCCCAUUUUCUUCAUGGUACCCUAUGUAUUAUUCACGGUCAUUUACUGGGGAGCUGGUGGCCUGAAUCCUGUCGAUAAUCUGAGAUAUAUAUACGAUACCAUAAACUAUGGAGACAACAAGACAGCUCCUCUCUACGCAAUUUGUCUGAUGUUUUCGCCUAUUCCCAUGUAUUUUCUGCUCUUUCUGGCUGUCUGGCUAAGAGAUGUUAUCAGUACAUACAUCUCCUGUUGCUUUAGAGAUAUGACCCCUGCAGAUGAAAUAAAAGUCCCUGAUGACAUCACGGUUGAAAAUGGAACAGAACAAGAACCCGAAUCCACAAAACUGUAGUGUCUCUGUAUAAAGUAUAAAUACUAUUAUUAUAAUCAUCGCUGAAAUUAGUUUAUAAUUAUACCCUGCACAAUUUUAUUGUCAUUGCACAAUUAAUGCCAUACUCAUAAUUAUUGUUUAUUUUA